UCUGCGGUUCCUGAUAGCGGAGAACUUCUUCGGCUCGGACUUCGGGGCGAGGUUCGGCGACUUCUUGGAGGCCCAGCGGAGCACGCAGGAGAAGGCGCCUGCGGACCGCUGGCGAUCGCCGCCGAGGAGAGUAACGGUGGGGGGUCAAUGGCUGCCGAAGCCCCCACCGCCGGCGAAGAUCAGGAUCCCGUGGCGCCUUGUGGAGUCGUCCGCGCCUGCUGCGGACAAGGCGAAGAGCGCCAAGGUGUCCGAGAAGAAGGCGAAGAAGAGGAAGCAGCAGGACCAGUCUGCUCGGAACCCCUUCGCGAAUCUUACGGACCACAUCGACGGGUCCCAGGAGUGGAAGCUAGAGGAUUGCCAACUACAGAAGUGGAAGUGCGAGGACUGCGCCAAGAGGUUGAAGAAGGUGGUGCUCUUUGGCUUCAGGGUGCAGUGCCCCUUCUGCCGCAGGCUGCCGCCGUCCCCCAUCAGGGAGAAGCAGAUGGCGGCCAUCCGCAAUAUCAACAGGGAGGAGUUCGAGCGCCAGAGGGCUCUCAGGAAGCAGCUGGCGUCGGUCACUGCUGCGAGUUCUUCGACAUGUCCAGAGGUGACGGUGCAGAGGGCUCGGAAGAAGAACGCGUUCCUCGAGAAGAUCAGGCAGAAGCGCAAGCACAUCCAGGGGAAGCAGGCCAUGGGGGUGAAGCCCAGCGUGCCACAGGCGGAGGAGGUGAUGGUGAUGGAGACGGAGAAGGACCGACAGCUGGAGGACGUCGACGCGAUGGCCAGCCAGCAGCAGACGACCAAGGACAACCUGUCGGAGUUGAUCGAGUCGCUGCAGCCCGCCCUACAUACGGGCACGGAGGAGGCGCAGAGCAGGGUGAAGGCCCUCAUCCAGCAGGCCGAGAAGACCCUGACCAACACGGAGGAGAGCCUGGUGCGGCUCAAGCGCCUGAGGAACCUGGUG